AUGGCAGAAGCAAAGGGCCAGAAGAGAUCCUUCUCCACCCUGGUCCAGCAGCCCGCGCCGAACUUCAAGUUGAUGGCAUGCAUGCCGGACGACUCCUUCCAGGAGGUGGAGCUUGCCAGCUACCAAGGCAAGAAGUACGUGGUGCUGUACACCUACCCGGCAGACUUCACCUUUGUUUGCGCGAGCGAGCUCGUGACCUUCUCGAAGAUGCAGAAGGAGUUCGAUGACCGUGGGGUUCAGGUGCUGGGCCUCUCUAUCGACACCGAGCACGUGCAUAAGGCGUGGAAGAACACGCCUCAAGACAAGGGCGGCAUCGGGCCCAUGUCCCAUCCACUGCUGGCGGAUGUCAAGAAGGAGGUGAGCGACGCCUAUGGAUGCCUCUUGGACAAUGGCCUGGCGCUUCGGGCCGUUUACAUCAUCGACAAGGAGGGCAUCGUGCGAUCGGAAAUGAAGAACGACCUCCCGCUGGGACGCAACGUAGAGGAAGUGUUGCGCGUCCUCGACGCGCUGCAGUUCCAUGAGAAGAGCGUGAAAGAUGGAAAUCCCAUGGUUUGCCCUUGCCAAUGGAAGAAGGGAGCCAAGGCCAUGAAGCCCACUACGGAGGGUGUGGCAGAGUACUUCAAGGGGAAGUAA